AUGGCGCUCGGUACUGCUGCCGAGGUCGGCAAGUCCGACCCCAUCGUCACACGGCUUGCCAACAAGGACACGAAGAAAUGGUAUCAGAAGCCGAAUCUUGCCUAUCUUUACUUCAUGCUCUUCCCGACAUGCAUGGGUAUCGAAUUGACCUCGGGCUUUGACUCCCAAAUGAUCAAUGCGCUUCAAAUUCUUGAAAGCUGGGAUAUAUUCUUCGGUUAUCCUCGCGGCGCCCUCAAGGGCAUCAUUGCAGCCGCCUACUCGCUGGGGGCCAUUCUGUCGCUGCCUCUGAUCCCCGUGGUCAAUGACAAAUUCGGCCGUCGAUGGUCCAUCUUUGGCGGGUCGGUAAUCAUGAUAAUCGGCGCUCUUAUUCAGGGCUUCUCCACACACGUUGCCAUGUACAUCGUCGCUCGCAUGAUUCUCGGCUUCGGAAUUCCCACCUGUAUCGUCUCGGGGUCGUCCUUGAUCGGCGAGCUUGCUUAUCCCAAGGAGCGCCCUGUCUUGACUUCCCUCUUCAACGUUUCCUAUUUCAUCGGACAGAUCGUUGCCGCGGGCAUCUGCUUCGGGACCAACAGUAUCAAGGGUGACUGGGGGUGGAGGAUUCCAUCCCUCCUCCAGAUUUGCCCUUCAUUGCUGCAGAUCUGCUUUGUCUUUUUCCUGCCGGAGAGCCCCCGCUGGCUCAUUACCAAGGAUCGGGGCCAGGAAGCUCAGGACAUCUUGACCAAGUACCACGCCGAAGGCGACCGUGGUUUGGAGUUUGUCGCGGCCGAAUUUGCCCAGAUGCAGACCGUCAUCCACCUCGAGGUCGAGGCUGCCAAGAUGUCUUGGCUUGACCUUAUCAAGACGUCGGGCAUGCGACGGCGUCUGCUCAUUACCACCAUGCUGGGCUUGUUCACACAGUGGUCUGGCAAUACCCUCAUCUCCUACUACCUUGCUGCUCUCUUCGAAAUGAUUGGCAUUUCGGACCGCACUUUUAUCCAGAAGAUCAACGUUUCGAUUGCCUGCUGGAGCUUGAUUUGUGGUGUCGUUGUCUCUUUGUUGGUCACGACGAUUCGCCGCCGCGUCAUGUAUCUGGUCUGCACCAUCAGCCUGCUGUCCUGCUAUAUCGCUUGGACAAUUUCCAUGAGAUACGCCCAGCUAGGAAAGGAAAUGAAUAUGCCGAACCAAGCCGCCAAUAUCGCCACCAUAUUCUUCAUCUACGCCUACUCGCCGUGCUACAACAUCGGCUACAACGCCUUGACAUACACUUACAUGGUUGAGGUCUGGCCCUAUGCCGAGCGCUCCCGCGGCAUCGCUGCCUUCCAGCUUUUCGGUCGGCUCGCCAACUUCUUUACCACUUUCGUCAACCCCAUCGGUCUUGACAACGUCGGUUGGAGGUACCUCAUCUCGUACUGUGUGUGGCUCGGCUUCGAGGUCUGCUUUGUCUACUGGAUGUUCCCAGAGACCUUUGGCCGCACCCUCGAGGAACUUGCAUUCAUCUUCGAGGACAAGCGACUUGCCGACGAAGCCGUCGCGGCUGUCGCAAAGGUCGUACACAACGAUGAUGUAUUCAUGGAGAAGCCUCACCCUGAUGUUGAACAUAAAGGGGCGGUGACUGAGCUCAAGGAGGAUGCUCGGUGA